UUAUACUCUAUUUAUGAUUGUAUAAAUUUUAGGUCAGCAUAGUCUGGAAAGAAAUUAUGGUUAUAGAUUAAGUCAUGAACUAUUUUUCUCAGCAAUGUAGCUUAUGUCUUAAUUUUGGAGCUUAUAUAUUUAUCUGGAUCUUUUGCCUACCUAAGAAAUAAUGAGCUAAAAUUUGGGCUAAUGCGCACCUAGGGUGUGGCCUAGUGGUCAAUGAAGUGGGAUGAGAACCAUGAGGCCUUGGGUUCAAAUCCUAGCAGACACAAAAAAUAGUAGGUGAUUUCUCCCCAUUUGUCUUAGUCUUGGUGGACAGUGUUACUUGGUACCUGAUGCUGGUGGAAGGUGACAGGUAUCCCUGGAAUUAGUCAAGGUGUGCGAAAACUGGCCUAGACACCACAAUUAUGGAUGACUAAAAAGGGUAGCCUCGUGUACUAAAGCUCUCGCUAUGCUGGGGUUCAGUGAAGGGCCGGGCCACAAGGAUCUUUUGGAAAAGACCGCUAUCCUUAUCCUAUUGGAUACAGUGCUCUAAGGACUCAAAAUGGAGUCUCUUACACAAUGGAAAUUCAUGAAGGCCUCAAGGGGCCAUUAUUUACGAUUAGUUCUACAGAUGGGCAGUCAUGUAGUGGGCAAACUCCAGAGAUUGCAUGGGAGAGUUUCCAGAAAAAAGGAUGUCAAAUAAAAUUGUUGCAUGGAAAGAGAUACUCCAGUAAGAUUGAUGGUGUAGAGUUUUUUGGGUUCAAGAACACCUUUGUUCAGAGGUUACUCAGGGAAUUGGUGGCAAAUAUCAGUGGACCACCAGAGCAGAAUUUGUUGUCGUCCAUCUCUCUUAGAAAUGAGAUAUCUGAGGCAGUAAAUCAGACUCAACACACGGGAAAAACUGAUCCUAACGUGCUAACACACAUGGAAAAACCACAAAGUGCUGGGAGGAGAAAUAGGAAAGGUAGAACUAAUAAUAUCAACUCAGCUGCCAAUACCAGUCUCAAGAAACCUCGAUGUCAGAAUAAAAGUAGCGACACCAAAGCGUCGAAUCCCCGCCAACAGGAAUAUGGUGAACAUCCGCCUCCCUUAUCCCCAAGUAAAGGGUCUUGCAAUAGUUCAGAAGCAUUGAAAGGGCCAGAGAGCUUGCAAACAAUAAACGAGAGAAAUAAAGUUUUGGUUCCGGUGGUAUCAUCUUUUAACAAAGAUGAUCAUCUGAAGCAUUUGAAUCCUGAGACUGAAAUACCAUUAGAAGAAUUGGUGGCAAAUAUCAAUGGAACACUGGAACAGAAUUCCUUGUCGUCUAUCUCUGUUAGGAAUGAGACAUCUGAGGCAGCAAACCAAACUGAAAACACGGGAUCAAAGCCAGAUGGUAAUCUGCUAACAGACAUGGAAAGCCCGCAAAGUGCUGGGAAGAGAAAUAGGAAUGGUAGAACCAAUAAUAUCAAAUCAGCUUCCAAUACCAGUCUCAAGAAACCUCGACGUCAGAAUAAAAGUAGUGACAUCAAAACUUUGAAUUCUGACCAACAGGAAUAUGUUGAACAUCCGCCUCCCUUCUCCUUAAGUAAAGGAUCUUGCAAUAUUUCAGAAGCAUUGAAAGAGCCAGAGAGCUUGCAAACAAUAGAUGAGACAGAAAAAGUUCUGGUUCCAGUUGUAGAAUCUUUUGAUAAAGAUGAUCAUCUGAAAGUAGAUAGUCUUAGCUCUCAAGGAGGGAGAAAGUAUUUGAAUCCCGAGACUAAAAUACCUCUAGAAGAGUUGGUGGCAAAUAUCAGUGGAACGCCAGAGCAGAAUUCCUUGUCGUCAAUCUAUCUUAAGAAUGAAACAUCUGAGGCAGUAAACCAAAUGGAACACACGGGAUCAAAAACAGAUCCUAAUCUGCUAACACACUUGGAAAAACCACAAAGUUUUGGGAAGAGAAAUAGUAAAGGUGGAACCAAUAAUAUCAAGUCAGCUGCCAAUAUCACUCUCAGAAAACCUCGACGUCAGAAUAAAAGUAGCGAUAUCAAAGCGUUGAAUUCCAGCCAACAGGAAUAUGGUGAACAUCCACCUCCCUUCUCUUCAAGUAAAGGGUCUUGCAAUAGUUCAGAAGCAUUACAAGAGUCAGAGAGCUUGCAACCAAUAAUCGAGAGGGACAAUGUUCUGGUUCCAGUUGUAGAAUCUUUUGACCAAAAUGAUCAUCUGAAAGUAGAUAGUCUUGGUUCUCAAGGAGGGAGGAAGCAUUUAAAUCAUGAUACUGAAAAACCAUUAGAAGAAUUUACGGAAUUAUUAAAAGAUGGAAAGCUGGUAAGUGAGAACCAAAUGGCUGAAGAGAAGGAUGGAGAAUCACCAGUUGAGGAUGGAACACAGAGAAUUAAUGAUGCCAAUCUUUGGGCACCUGAUACCUUGGAUCACCCACCAGAUGAUUCUUUUUUUCUCACGUCAGAGAUUGUGAAGGAUGGUGUAGCUGCUGUUACUACCGCUGUUCCUGACUCUCUAAUAAUCUAUUCACAUCCAGAAAGUGAAAUGGAUACAUCUCGUUUGGAAGUGAACUCACAGAAAAGUGAGUCAGAUUCUGCUGGACAUGAAAUAGCCAACUCAAUGAUGACAUUUCUGCUUCCCCGAGCACUUCCUCUGCUUAGGACAUACACUAGAAAGAAAAAGAAUGGCAUAAAAGCAGCAGAAGUAUCUAUCCACAAUUCUCAGGACGAAAAUAAGAUGACCGACCUUUGUCUUGACUCCACAUCUGUCAGUGUGCAAAAUGAGAAUUCACUGUUCAGACAGAAGAAGGAAAAUACUAAUUUUCCAGUUCGAGGUUGUGGUCCAGCAUCUACCGCUUGUUCACUUUCAGAAGCUGUUGUGCCUGAUAGUUUUGAUAAUUCUGAAGGUGGAUGUGUUCCAACUCAGGGGUUAGCUCAGAUUCUACAAGUAGCUGAAGUUGCUAAAGAAGAUCUAAGUGUUCAAGGUUUACAAACCUGCAGACCUGAAAUUGUGGGGCCAUCAAAGAAUGAGAAUUUAGAAGCAAAGAAAGCAGCUUGCAAUGGUGAAACAGGAACAGAAAGAGAAAAUGACUUCUUACCAAGCACGCAUAAAUUUGUUCAAGUAUCAAGAAAGGAAAUUAGUGGAACAACUGGCUCAAUUGUCAGUGGGAGAUUAAUUGGCAUUCCACCACCUGAAUCUAUGGUGCAGCACGUUUCUCUGUCUGAAAAUAUCAUCUGCAGAGAUUUCAGAGAUGAUUCUGUUCCAGAGACAAGUGCAGACAUAAAUGCAAUGCACUCACAUUUCUUGCAAGGAAGCUCUUCUAAACAGCACCAAAUUGAACAAUUUGUAUCUACUGAUGAAUCCCACACUGAAGGACAGCCCCUUAAGUUCAAUACUACAGAAAGGUUCACUAGUACCAGUGAUACACCUUUUAACUUGGCCUCCAGAUCACAAGAUAAACAAACGAAUCAGAUUCUAGUCCAUAUUCAAACUUCAAAGUUUCUUGAUUCAACUGCAACUAAUUCCGAAGGCAACUUGACUGAAAUGUUGUCCAGAGACCAACAAUGUGUCAGGUUUACUGGUCCUCUGUUAGAUAAGCAAAACCAGAAAAUAUUUUUUCCUGCUGACACCACUGAGAUAAAGGAGAAUAAUGAGAAUGUAAACAUUGAACUGCCAAAAGAUUUAAAGACUGAGAGUGAAAGAAGUGGUAUUCUCAAGGCUAUUGCAGGUUAUGCCCAUCCCAUGCCAAUUUCAUCAGUGCUACUAAGUAUACAAGAAAAUGAUCUUUAUAUUUGUGUUUUAUGUGGUCAACCGUUGCAUGAGGAUAGAACUAUUUUCAUGUACAAGGCUCCUAUGGAAGGAGAAGAAAGGGGGUGCCCUUCUUUUAUUGGUCACGUUUCUAUACGUUUCCAAUUUUCUGAUGGUGCCUUUCGUGGAGAUAUUGAACUGGACAGUGCUGCUGUGCAGUUGACACCAAUUGGGCAAUCACUUGUGUUGUUCAACAGUGUAAAAGCCCCAAGCUGCAGGGAGGGAGAUAUAAAGUGCCGGUGCUCAUUAUGUGCUUCAAAUCUUUUCGGGGAAAAUGCAGUGAAGAUUGUGCAAAUUAGAAAUGGUUUUCUCUCUCUCAUUACUAAACUGAAAACAACACUAAGGGUAUGUUGUAUCUUGGUUUGUCCACCUGAUCGCCUUGUCGCCGUGGAAGAAAGUGGAAAGCUGUACAUAUGGGUCAUGAAUUCAAAAUGGAGUGCAGAGACAGAAGAACGCUGUUUGCUGCCACCUGAUUGCCCACCCUUUUCUUCAAUUAAACUGAAAAGAAUACCAAAUUUCCCUAAUUUGGUUCUUGGGUACAAUGGAUUCGGGGAAUUUAGCCUAUGGGAUAUAAAGAAGUGCAUGCUUGUGUCAAAGUUUUCUGCUGCCAGUACUUCUGUUUUUCAAUGUCUUCCAGUCAGUCUUUUUAGAUGGCAAAGAAAGUUCACUGUUCCAGCGGGGGUCACAGAAGAGAUUAUUAACGAAAUAAUAGAUGUCACAAAGAUGUCUUUCUUGGAAAUAAGUGAUGAUCGACCCUUCUGCUCAUUAGAGGAUAAAGAUGUGGCAAUCUGGCUUCUUAUUUCUACUGCUCCUGAUCCAAAUUCGCCUGCUUAUCAAUAUAGUGAGCAGCAGUCUGACCCAGUUCAUUGGUGGAGGCUCGCUCUAUUGGUUAAUAACACAAUGAUCAUGGGAAAUUCUCUAGACACAAGGGCUACUGCAAUGGGUUUUUCAGUUGGUCAUGGGAUCAUUGGGAGAAGUGAUGGACUGGUCUACAUGUGGGAACUAUCUACAGGGAAAAAGCUCCAAAAUCUGCAUCACUUCAAAGAUGCAGCUGUGUCAUCCAUUGUCUCUGAUGAUUCUAGCCAUCGUGCAGUGGCCAUAGCCAGCGAUGGAGGUCAGUUGCUGGUAUAUUUGCCAUCUUGACAGGCUUUGUUCAUAUUGAAUGAUUAAGUUUCGCUCCACCUAGAUGGAUGUAUCAGUCAAUUUCCCAAGCCUAAUAAUGUCUAGAACUCAAUAGCUUUGGUUGGCCAAACCUUUUUGUAGAUUUUCAAUCCAAGUACAAUUAUAGAUUGUAAAUAACAGUUUAAAGCUGGAUAAAAAAAUAAUGAAGAUCCAUUAUAUUUCCCUUUAGUA